AGGAUAUGAUUUUUUAUCAAUUCCCAUACUCUUCUUUCCCAAUCUCCUCCAACUCUUGUUUCUCUGCUUUCUCUUCUCCGAUGGCUACAAUCAAUUUCAUAUGCAAACCCUCAAUCCCUUCUAUACCAAUUUCAUUCCCUACCCUUCAUUCCCUUCCUUCUUCUAUACCUAAAAUUUAUUCUCGGGUAGGACCCUCUUCUAAUCUGCAUCUCCAGCAGAGACGACGUGUUGUUAUCACCAAAGCAACAGGCACAGCAGCUUCAGAUGCUAAGAAGAAAAAAGAUGCAAGAGUUCAAAGAGUUCAUAGCAUAGAAGAGUUCGACGAAGCACUUGAAUCAGCAAAAGAUAAACUCGUUGUUGUUGAGUACGCUACAAGCGACGACUCAGAAAGCAUAGAGAUAUACCCUUUCUUGGUUGACCUAAGCCGAACAUGUAACGAUGUUGAGUUUCUUCUUGUUAUGGGAGAUGAAUCAGAGAAAACAAAAGAACUCUGUAAAAGAGAAAAGGUUGAUAAAGUACCACACUUCACUUUCUACAAGAGCAAAGAAAAAAUUCAUGAAGAAGAAGCUAUUGGUCCAGAUAUGCUUGUUGGUGAUGUUUUAUACUACGGUGAUAACCAUUCAGGUGUAGUGCAACUUCACAACAGAGAAGAUGUUGAGAAACUUAUUGAGGAUCAUAAGAUUGAUCAUAAGCUUAUUGUUCUUGAUGUUGGUCUUAAACAUUGUGGGCCAUGUGUUAAGGUUUAUCCGACAGUGAUUAAGUUGUCGAGACAAAUGAAUGAUACUGUUAUUUUUGCAAGGAUGAAUGGUGAUGAGAAUGAUAGUUGUAUGCAGUUUUUGAGGGACAUGGAAGUUGUUCAGGUUCCUACUUUUUUGUUCAUUAGAGAUGGUAAGAUUGCUGGUAGGUAUGUUGGUUCAGGGAAAGGUGAACUCAUUGGUGAAAUUCUCAGGUACCAAGGAGUUCGUGUUACUUAUUAAAAUCAAAUCAAAUCAAUUGCUUGUUCAUGUGUGUAUUGAUCAUAAACAUAUUUUUGUGAGAUAUAUAGUUAAGGAUUUGUCUCACUGAUUUCAUUUUUCGAAAGAUAUAUCCUUAUCUUUUUUGUUUA